AUAAGAAAUUAGAGACAGUAAGUCCUUUGAGACCACCACCGAAACUGCAUCCUUAUUCAGCUCUCUCUACUCUCCUCCUUAUGAAUUGGAAAAUGACAUUCUAGCAGCGAAGGACUUCAGCCGAAGUCCGAGGAUGAUAAUGCGCGCAUUUACACAGAAGUUCAAGAACCAGAGUUGCAGAGGCAUUUACACAGAAGUUCGAGAACCAGGCUUGCAGAUCUUGCUUCCUGAUGAUUACUUAUACCGAAUAAUGAGGUGCUUGUCUUCCUCCUCCUUUUUCUAUCUCUGGGUUUCCAUGGCGGGCCGAUCCACUGUUAGUGCUGUAUCUCACCUGGUCGGCCUGGCCUUUGGAUCGUGGUGGGGUGUUGACGGACAGCUUAUUUGGCCGCCACAUGCUUUGCUAUGGGGGGUGGAGAUGUCGUAUAUGAGCUCCAUGCCAGCGUCCGGCGUCUAUGGUGUUUGCGUUGUUGUUCUUUACGGUUUCUUGGUGGGUCGGCUUUGGCGAUCGGUUGUUGGGUAUUCGGUUGGUGAAGUUGUGACGUCAUGGCUGACGUGUGGUGAUGUUUUUUCCCAGCGUUCUUUUGGUUGUUGGCGGGCCCGAUCAUUGAUGUUUUGUCUUUGUGUUAGAAAGGGCCGAUAUGUAUCUUUCGAUGUAAGCUUUUUCUUCUCGUUUCUGGUGGGUAUGGCUUUUGCAUCCUUUGGAAGUUUAUGUAUGGCGGUGCAUUUUUAUCUAUGGGUGGUUGUGUUUGGUGGUGUCUCUUUUUGUGUUUGUGCUGCUAGUUGUCCACUGUAACUGACACUUUUUCUUGAUUUGUCAAGACUGUGAUCUUGACUAUAUAAGAGGUGUUUAGUUUGAUUUGGUUGGUUUAGUGCUUGAUGAUGUUAAAUGUAUCUUUGGUUCUAUGUAUUUCUAUGUAUUUCGCAGAUGUACUUGUAUGUAGAUGUCGUAUUGCGUUUGAAUGUUUUCUUGCCAAGGUAAAAAAAAAAAAAAAUCAUCAAACUCGGUCUAAUUUGCUCAUCUCAUUCUCUUUUUCAUGGUAUGGCUGGAAACUGGUACCGAUCAUCACCUGUGCUUGUUUCAAUCAUUUCUGUGCUCCAAUCUUUCUUUUUCAAAUCAGAACCACAAGUACCACAAGAAUUACCAGAUAUUCUGGAUUUGGGCGAUGUCUCUCGUUCAAGUCCAGGAUGCCCCAGCUGCGCCAGGGAAAAGAAUAGUACAAUGUGUCAGCCACCAUCAGCACCACCACUACCAUCACCACUCAUUUCUGACACCUCAGCUGGCCAUGAAACCUCCAUCACCGUCGCCAGCUGCUCAAUCAAGCAAGUCCCAGAAAAUGAAUCCCAUUGUCAAGGUUUUCCGAGAUCAAGAACUCGGAAAAACCCUACUUACUUAUGUUAUACCAAUAUCCACUGCAGUUUUGACAGUGAAUGGCAUCAAACACGCCUCUCUUCCAUUACCCUCCAUCGUAGUGUCACUUUGCAUUGGUCUCCCAGCUCUGUGGAUUGGAAUUCUGUUUCGUGGCAUCUUUUCUGACACCAUGUCAAAUGGUAUAGAACAGUUUGGAGCUUGUUCUAUAUUUUUUGCCUUCCUUUUUGUGGUUAGCUCACUGCUUCCACCAGGCCUUGUUUGGAUCCCCUGGACAUGCUUUUCUGUCACUCUCUUACGUUCUAUACUGAGCUGUCUUCCGCGAGCUUGGUUUCAGUUAAUUGAGAACCCUGAUGAUGCUCUUUGAUUUUGGUUGCAGAAGAUUUACCAGUAAGUUUAAUUAAUUAGAUAUAUAUUAAUUACAUGUAAGCUUUGAUCUUGACAUGGUGUCUGAAAUAGCCAAGUGCUCUAUUAAUUACUGUUUACAAGCAUAUAUGUAUCUACUAUCUAUCAUGAUUGUUAAAUGCUGAUGAGUUUAAAUGAAUUUGGUUUUGAUCUCGACAAGUAAUUCUGUCAAUUAAACU